AUGCCCUCCAUUAGAUCUAUGAUCGCCAGCAGUACGAAGGCGUACCAAGACGAAAAAGGUCUCGAUUUCGGACGGUCGUCGCCGGCCAUACGGAUGAUAAAUGAUGGUCGUUCGGAUGGUCGGGGAUUACGCAGCCGUUCUCCGAGACCGGAUUACGAGUCACAAAUCCGCUUCACAAGUCCCCCUUUGAUCAAGAUGCCUGCUACUACGUCGACAAAGCCGUCGAAACACAUCUGCCUAGACUGCGGCCGUGCUUACAAGGCUGUAGAGACUCUCAAUCGGCAUUCCAAGAACCAUUCAGAGACCACGCCAUACGUAUGCUCCGUCUGCGAUGCCUCAUUCAAGAGAAAGGAUCUUCUCGACCGUCACGCUCGAAUACACUUGAAAGCGAGACCAGGGUUGACCAGGAACCGAAGUCGACGGGCGUGUGACCGCUGCUUUGGUAUGAAGACGAGGUGUGACAACAUGACACCCUGCACUAGAUGCUCGAAGGGUGGUUAUGACUGCACGCAUACACGCAUCCGAAGUAGAGGGCGCAAUCCUGAAUUGGCCGCAAGCAUCGGUUCUUCAUCCAUCAACAACCAUCGUUCAAUCACUGGAGAGCUUGCCAGUACGACAUGGUCUCACCGCGACAGCGACAUCCUGGAUAGUCGAUGUUUGCAAGAGCCCAUGUGGGCGUGGCCUCUGACGAUCCAAAAUGCGCCGGUCAAAGGGCUCGACCGAAGCUCUAUGAGAAGCGAUUCGUUCUCCACCGAAGAUGCCAUCGAAUCCAACUUCGUCCUGGACCCUGCACUGCAUUCAAGUGGCACGUAUAACGAAACUUCCUUCUCGGUCCUUUCUGGUGAUCUUUUUGACGAGAUGCCUCACAACGCCGCAUCUUGGUACUCCGGUCCAAACGGAUGUGCCAACGGCUUUCCAACAAGCGCCUCGAGCAGCUGUUACACUCCUAAUACCACAUUCCACCACAAACGAACGAACAAUUCUCGGUCUACGCCUACGCUAACCUCUACGACGAAGCUAUCCGGUAUCGCAACGCGCAUCGCACAAGAAUCAUCCAUUCGAGAGCUGGCCCUGCUUUCCACCUCAGACUUCGACGUCCCAAACCACAACCGCGGUGACCGCGAAUGGCUCUGGCAGUCCAUCUCAAGCAAAAUAGAGCUCGCGUUCGGGCUCGAAAGGCUAUUAGUCUCCAAAACCUCCAACAUCCUCGACCAUUUCGUCAAACUGUUCUUCGAAAUCUCCCACGCUCCCUGGCCGACCAAUCGAUCCAACCUUCUCGCAGUAGAUGCAUUCCCGUCGCAUCUGUACCUCACAAUGGCAGUAAUCGGAUCGGCCUACGCGGGUCCAGAAGCCCAGGCUUUCCAUCUGCAAGCGCUGUACGCGUUACGACCGAGGCUUGUGGAUGCAGCCUUGCAUCAGACACUCAGCAUUGAGACUACAAUCCCACUGAUCCAAUCUCUGGCUCUCCUGCACACGGCGAUGCCCUACUCUAGAGACUGCAAAGCUUUGGCCGACGCGUCGGAGCUGUUUGAUCUCGUUGUGAUGCUUAGUCGGAGAGUUUGCCAGAAGUUGAGAGCAGAAAGGGAUCUCUCGCGCCUGGCGUUGUGGGGCUGA